UAUGGCUCAUUUUUAAACUGUCAAAGUAUCGCUAAUGAAAAUAUCGAUACCAUAAUAUCAAAUAUUUAGUUCUAACUACUUGUAUACGCCAGAGAAAGCUUCCGUCUAACAAAAUACUUGUAGCCAAGUAAACACCUGACUAACAGUGCUUCUGACUGUGUAUCCGCCUUCAGUCUAACACUUAAUUACCCUACGGACUAGCCAUGCCUCUGGAAUCCCUUCCAGGCAACAAGGACAGUGGCGGGCAUAAGUUGCCAUUAAGUGGCAGCAAGGAAAACACUAGCCAUAAGCAGCUUUCUGCCUCAAGUAAAGAUAGUGGCGGGCAUAAGCCAUCCCCUGGUAGUGGCAGGGAAGGAAGUAUACACAAAACACAGGCCGUUGUGGGGAAAGAUCUGAACAAUCACAAGCCGCAGCCAGCCACUGCAUCCAAGGUUAAAGCUCCACGGGUGAUGAGACGACAUAGGAGUCACACUGACGGCUCGCGUGGACUCUUAGCCCCUCAUUUGAAUAGGUACGGAGAAGAUUUUGAGAUGGAGAGUGUUUUGCCUGGUCACAUGAGGUCUAGGCUUUAUGAUCUGUUCUUACAGAUUGAAAAAGAAUUUGAACACCUCUACACCACAAACUUAGCAUUGCAAGAUAGACUUGACAUGAUGUCUGACAAACUAGGCAAUGAAAGUAUAAGCAGUGAAAAAACACCCCUAGAAGCACAAGAUUCUACAGAUUUUGGAGCUAAGAGUAAAAAACCCUUGUUGUCACAGAGGAUAAAAACUACUUACAAACAAUCCACAAGCAAACUGGUGUCCAGCUUCAGAACCCCCAACCCAGUGUACAGUGUAGUCCGACAGUUCAGAGGUCACAGAGAUGGUGUCUGGGAAGUCAGUGUAUCCAAGACCCACACACAUCACAUUAUUGGGACUGCAUCUGCAGACCAUACAGGCAGGAUCUACUCUGUGGAGAGUGGAGCGUGUCUUCUUCAGUACACAGGCCACAAGGGGUCUGUCAACUCUAUCAGAUUUCACCCCAACCAGGAGCUGGUGCUGACAGCCUCGGGUGAUGGGACGGCCCACAUAUGGAGGGCUCAGCUCUCACAGCUCUCUCAUGUUGAUAUUUCCAAAUCUCACUCAUCUGGUGAAGAAGAAAUUGAUAGCUCUGGUAGAGAAGACACAACAGAUGACUUGAUUGAUUAUGCACAUGAGGCCAGCACUGUAAGGAACCCCAGUUUAGAAUUGGCCCAGCAUUCCGAGGUGGUAACUGCAGCGGAUUGGAUGGCACAGGGGUCACAGGUCAUCACUGCAUCCUGGGAUAGAAUGGCAGUAUUGGCUGAUGCAGAAUCUGGAGAACAAAUAUCUCAACUUUCAGGUCAUGACCAAGAGUUGACCGAUGUACACGCCCAUCAGAGUCAGAGGCUGGUCCUGACAUCGUCUAAAGACACAACGUUUCGUCUGUGGGAUUUCAGAGGGCCAUCAAUGCUUGUGAAUGUAUUCCAAGGACACACUCAACAGGUGACUUCUGCAGUGUUUGCUAGCGGAGACAAAGUUGUUUCUGGGAGUGAUGACCGCACUGUGAAGGUGUGGGACAUGCGGAACAUGAGGUCACCUAUAGCGGCAAUAAGAACAGACUCAGAGGUCAACAGACUUGCUGUCUCUCAGAACGUUAUUGCCAUUCCUCAUGACAAUCGUAAUAUUCGACUUUACGAUAUAAAUGGUGUGAGGAUUGGAAGGUUACCAAGAAACAACAGACAGGGCCAUGCAAGAAUGGUUUGUUGUGUAGCGUGGGCUGACACCAACCCCUCGUGCAACCUUUUUUCCUGUGGAUUUGAUCGGCAAGUGUUGGGAUGGAUGAUCAACAACCCAAGCAAAGAGUAACAUGAGGCUCGUCAAGAUCUCAAUAACAAUUUUCCUUGAUUGAUUGACUAAUUUAGCGAAAAACGGUGGUCAUGCUACAUCUAAGUGAAAAAAAAAUCUGCACAUUUUUUUAACCAAUGCACAUUCUCACUUAAAUGUGCACAACUGCAAAAUAUCUUUAUCGCUUAAGUAUCGUAAUUUUUUUUUUUUACAUCACUUAAUUCCUCCUAAGUGAAUAUUGGUAACAUUCUUUUUUAAAAUUAGCCUAAAUCACACCAUAUUGGAUAUGAUGUAAUUGCAUUUGGAUAAGGUGUCUGUUACCCACCCACUAACCCACUGGAGUAUCUAAAAAUCAUUCCUUCAGCUUAGAUGAGUGGAAAACUGUGAUAAAACUUCCCCUUCCUUUUUGUAUGUUGUUUUAGAUGAGGCUGAUCACUUUUUUUGUACUUUUCAUCUUAAAAAUCUCUUUUGUGAUAUUUAUUCACGUAAUUUUGUUUUUGCUUUAAAAACAAACAGCUUGUUUCAACAUUUCAUCUCAGUAAAUUGUUGCAAACACUGUACAUCAUCAGAGUGCAGGAACAUGAUUAGAUUUGUUUUUCUUCAUAAGUAAAACAUACCAAAAUAUGUUUAUGAAAUAAAUAACUUAUGUAGCUUACUUGUAGAUCUAUACAUUUAAGUGUGUACAUGAUGUAUAAAAAGUUCAGAGCUUUAAAAAUGUCUGUUCCAUGAACUCGGCAAUUGAACCCUUAUAAAGGCAUCAACAAGAUAAGAAUAUCUCACUACUUAAAAAUUCCACAAAAUACUUGUUGUAUUUUGAAUCAGGAUAAUAUGUGAUUUAGGACUUAAACGCUGUUUGUUAAAACAACAGCAAGGAAUAAUUUUAUGCUAAUGUAUUUUCUUUAAACACAACUGAGUACUGAGCCAUACUGGCAGAAAAUAAUGUUGAUCAUCAUGCUGUAUUAUCCUGCCUGUGUAUCUAAAUAAGACCCUGUAAUACUUCUGGUUGUAAUUAAUAAUACACCGUUAUGUAACAGUGUUGUAAAAAUGUCCACUCCUUGCCUAUGAGAUUAAUUUCCCUUAGCAUUUUGCUUUUCUUACUCAGAUGUGUGUAUAAUUUCUACUUAAUAAUUUUGUGUUGUGUAAAUACAGUCACAAAAAUACAUUGUGCAAUGAAAUAUGAAGUUAACUAAGCUCUAGUCGAGAUUGAGUGGAAAAUCUUACUUAAAAUAUUUAAGUUGUUUACUUGAUUGAUAAUUUACUUAACUUUUUAUAAUGUUAAAACUUAGGUAAAAGUAAAUUAAUUUAUUUUUUUUAAUUAAAAAAUAUGGGUUCAAGUAUAGGUGAUAGCAGAUUUGUUUUGAAAAGGACGUUGGAUUAUAAAUUAUCAAGAAUAAAGGACUAAAUUGAAUGUUUUAUUUAGACUUUUUAUGCAUGGGAUUAUUAAAACAAGUAGUUCCUGUCUAAAAUGUAAAUGGAUUCAAUUUGGCCAGUUAAAACUUAACUCUAUAACUUAAAACGAGAUUAAAAAAAACAAAAAAAAAACAUAUAUUGUUGUCUAUUGGGGUAAGCAAUGUCUUGUGCCAAACUACUCUAUUAUCAAUGUUUGGAAAGUUGUAAAUUAUUAAUUUAUUUAGAUGAAAUGCUUUAUUUUGUGUUGUAUGAAUAAAAUGAUUUAUU